AUGGUCAAGGAUGACCAACACAUGGCGGUGCCGCUCGUCUUGCAGAUUUCUAUCGGCUCUACGGUUCAAAUCAACUUGACAUCGCUGAACGCGCUGCCGGCCGAUUAUUACCCGGACCGGACGUCAAUAAUGCAGGCGGCGAGCGACCUGUUCCGGUGCGAUGAUGCAGGGCAUAGCGUUUCCGGCGCUGUGAGCGGUGGGGCAGUAUGGCCGGAGUGGCGCAAGAAGGGGAAUCAGUGUAUCAGAGGCGCGUGA